AUGGCUGCCAAAUUUUCUAUGGCCAACACCUCGGGGCUCUUCGACUCAGCGGCUCAUGUGGAAGCUUCGGAUCGGAUGCAAAAUGCGAUGGAGGAAUUAAAAGUGAACAAUCAACGACAAGAAAAAGCUCGUGAACAACAAAAGAAGCAAGACAAUCGAGAAGAAGCGCAUCAAGUGCGUCGCGUCAACGAGGCACUUGCAGCCAAAGUCGUGCAGCAGAAGGAGGAUCGCACUUAUGUGGGAAUGCACCACGAAAUGGACGAUCUUGAUUCGGACGAUGAGACGAUGCUGAACGAGUUAACUGACGAUCCGGAGCUCGAACGAAUACGCGAGGCAAGGUUGAAGCAGCUGAAGCUCGAGUUUCUGGAAAGUCAGGCGUUGAUAGCGAAAGGUCACGGAGAAUACCGUGAGAUUACGCAGGAUGAGUUUCUAAAAGAAGUGACGGGCAGCCCGUUGGUGGCUGUGCAUUUCUAUCAUCGCGACUUCGAACGCUGCAAGAUCAUGGACUUGCAUUUGACACGAUUAGCUCGUCGUUGCAUCGAGUGCAAGUUUUUAAAGUUGAACGCGGAGAAGGCCCCGUUUUUUGCGGAGAAAUUGAUGAUCCGAGUCCUGCCAACUGUCGUGUGCUUCAAAGACGGCGUGGCCUUUCCAACUCGCGUCAUUGGUUUUGACGGACUUAUGAACAAUGACGACAAUGCUGAAGUGUUGAAAAUUGGUGGUCCUACGAACCGCCAUGCCCCAUCUGGCGAUAACUUUCCUACUGCUGCCCUCGCCCGUAAAUUAGUGGAGAUUGGCGCUAUUCGUGAACACAGCGACAGCGAGUAG